AUGCUAACACACCCCAAGCUGGCUGCUGACCUUUCAUCUACCGUGUUUCGCUCUUCUAGCCGAUCUCUCAUCGCUAGCACUGCUGCUACUGGUGCCACCGUAGAUGCUCUUGGCAUUAAUAAAGUUGAUUCCUCUCAGAAGCCCCUCUUCAAAGUUGGUGAUACAUGUAAAUUUGAGAAAAUUGUGAAGCCUGUGACUGAGUCGGGUGGUACUUCAAAGUUUUCUGAAUUAGACCAUGUUUCCGGGCCUAAGCGCACAACUGCCUUCCUGGCACGUGAUUUGGUCGACCAACAAUGGCUCUGUUUCCUUACCAGUCAGCCCCCACCAGACAUUUAUGCAGGAUCUCAACCGGCAUUAUCCGGCCGGCGUCAGCUUGCCUGUCUCCGCAUUCAACACACUGAAUCCAUCCUAACUCGCUCUUAUUCUGGUUACACGCCCCAGCUGGGUAGCUUGAUCCAUCUGCCGUUGGUGGAUGCAGUCUAUCUACCUGGAGCUUGCAUCACUGUUGGCUUGCAAAUUAACUAUGCUAUUGUGCUUUACACUGGCGUUCAGAAGGUAAUUUUUAUCAAAAAUCAUUAA